AUGUUAUGCAGUAAGUUUGAUGAUUCCUCAUUCACUAACAGUGCGAGGAUAAGAUUGCACAAUUUUGCCAUCUCAACUGGGACACAGGAUUUAAUGGUAAAGAUUCGCCAGGAACAAUGUUCAACUGCAAGUGAAAGUAAACAAGAUACAAAUAUCUCAGUUGAAAAACCUCAAAUGCUAGUAUUGGAACCAUCAUUACCUGUUCAGGUGCCAACCACAGACAACCCAACUACAUCUUUACCUGUUCAGAUGCCAACCAUAUGUGAACCAACUACUGAUAGCUUGAAGGUUCACAAAUGUGAGUGA